AUGGGAAAAACUAGUAAAAAAUUUGGCAACAAUCUUCAAAUCUCUCAUCAUCAUUUUAAUGUUUUUUUGCUGCUGUCGUUGAUUUCAUGGUUUGGAUCGACCGAAGCAUACCAGAAUUACACGGUCGGAGACUCUUUGGGUUGGUAUGACAAACUCCUCAAGCCUACCGUCGACUACCAGAAAUGGGUCGCCAGCAAGAACUUCAGUCUCGGUGAUUUUCUAAUAUUCAACACCGAUAGCAACCAUUCAGUCAUUCAAACAUACAACUUGACCACUUACCUUAAUUGCGACUAUAAUAAUGCGCAAGAUAAUGAUACAAUGGAAUGGGCUAAUAGCGAUCUCUCUUCUACGUCACCCGAAAAAGUGUCUAUUGAAGUUCCUUUAGUCACAAUUGGCAUGAACUACUUCUUUUCUGGAACAUAUGACGGUGAUCAAUGCAUGAAUGGUCAACGAUUUAAUAUUUAUGUUACUUAUGGUGAAGGUCUUCCCCCAAGCCUAAUUGAUGAUACUGAUGAUGAUUCUGGUGGUGAGGGUGAAGAAUCAUCUCCUGAUAUGUCAUUUCUUUUGAAUUAUCCGAUUUGGUUGACUAUCGGUAGUAUUCCAACUUUGGGAAAUCAAAGGAUGAGCCAUCAUCCUUAUCCCUCCGGCGUCGCGAUGAAGACGACAAUAUCGGUCAAAACGAAGUUGUUUCGUGCACAUUUAACGAUCGCGGGGAGUUCCGUCAAGCGUCGUUGCGAUCCGUCCGCAUUUCAGUCGUUCCGUUGUGUUCUAGUUGACGGAGCUAACGCUCGGUUAGUUGAUCCGGUGUGA